AAUCUGAGAGACGUUCAACGCGGGCACUCCGUAAGGUCGCCGACUUCUCCGCAGUCGGAAGAACCGCCGUUCCGAUCGAACUUGUCAGGCGGGGCGCCGACGAAGCAACGGGAUCCACCGGAGAAUCUCGUCGAGGCGCCUGCACCGGCGGUCAAUGUGUGGGUGAAGCGGAUCGAGCAGCGUCAAGCCACCGAGCCGCCAACAAAGCAAGUGCCUGGCCCGAGUGAAGAUCACCACCAUCAGCAACAACCGCCUCGUCAUCAUCAGACUGCGUCGUCGCCGCCGCCGCCACCAGCAGCAGCGAAGAAGGUGGAAACGCAGCCGACGGCGCGGAAGGUUGAAGAACCAGCAGCUGCUGCUGCUUCGGCGGCGCCGCCGCCACCUUCCCCGGCGCCGGCGACAAGCGCUUGGGGCACGAGGAAGGCGUGGGCGACGGUGGCGGAUCCGGUGACGUCGUCGUCGAUACCGACAGUGUCGGCUGCUGCUAAUGGAGCCAUGGGUGACGGCGGCGGUGGUGGCAGUGGUAGUCGUCGAUCUUCGUCGCAGAAGGCGGCUCCGACCCCAGCGCGACUGGGAUUCGGACGCGGAAAGGCGAGUGGGGAAAAUGUGCCGCCCGGAGGAGGAAAUGGUGGUGGUGGUGGUGGAGGGACGCCGGAGGUCGGUGUCAUGAUGCCGUCUGCUGUGCCCAUGGGCGCCUGGGCAACCCAUCGCCUUAGUUCGAAAAAGGACGACGUCACCGUGAUGACGAACAAGUUCGCCGGACUGUCGACGGAGUCGGACGACAGCAUCAGCCACUGAAACCCCCCGCUGGAACGGAUGCAUCGACUGGGUUUCUUCCACCUGAUGGAACAUACCGUUCCUUAAGUAGCAAAGAUGAAGCAGAAAAAGAAAACAAGAAGAAGAAAAUCCUACAAUUUUUUUUGUUUUGUUUUUUGCUUUUUUUUCAAGUGCGAAUGGUUAAAUCAAUCAAUCAAUUGAAUCGGUGGAUCCACGAAUCGACGAGGGGCCCGCGCAGGGUUUUUUUGUUUGUUUUUGUUUUGUUUUGAAAGACUUGAGAAAUUGUGAGAAAGAUUGAGGAGAUGAGUUUGGGUGUAAAUGAAAGUUGCGUGUGGAUGCGAAAGUGGAAAGAUGGGGUGGGUUCGGACCCAAGUGUGCGUUUUACGACCGUGCAAAAAAAGAAAAAUAGUUUAUUUCCCCGUGCCCGAAUUGCGUUUCUCGAGAUUUUAUUCCAAGUCUCGCCCUCCAAUAUAUCUUCUUUUUUUUAAAAUCAUGAUUUUCCCCCGUUUCUCUUGUAAGGUUUCAACGGGUGAAGAGAAUGCCUUUUUCGAGAAUCGCUCCCGAAUAUCGUUUUCAUUUCGGCUGUAGGAUUGCUGUGCUUUUUUAUUUUCUUUGCAUCGAAUUUUUGCGUCUCCGUUUGAAAGAAGUCAUUCGAUUGGGUUGUCGAUCGAGGGGCAUUUGCAAAGUCCUCGUCUUUGCGCCAAAAAGAAAGAGAAAAGGAGGAAAUAAUUCCUCGUUCAUGUGGACGUCGUUGUUUUUCCUGCUAGAAUAUGAAGGAUGUGCUCAAUUUUUGGCUGGGGAUUUUUAUUUUUUUGCCAAAAUUCCAUGAGCGUAGUUUUUUUUGGCUUAGUAAAGAGGCACGGUUUGGUUGCUGAAGAUCUAUUGAUCGUGUGUGGAUGAAUUCUUUUGAUCAACGCAGUCGAAAUGUAUGGUUUUUUUGUUGUUGCUCGAAACUCAUCAAAGUCAAUAGGCUAGGCUUAAAUUCUUUUUUACGCUUUGAGUAGCGAAACCUUUUUAGAAUUCUCAGCGGUUUUCAUCCAACAAAGUUUUUUGCUUCUUUUGCCAGCUCAGAACAUUCGAAAGAAAUUUCUUUUACGAAAAAUUUUAACUUUUAAUGGACGCAUUUUCUUGACUGAUCGAAAUUACAGAUUCCAGGAAUCACUUGAUAUUUUCUUGAAUCAAGCGUCGAAGUGCGAAGCAUUCAAGAGUCCAGUUUGCUUUUUUUCGUCAGUUCUAAAAAAAAAUUAAAUAAAAGAGGAAUUUGAGCGAGUCGGAGCAAUUUAAUUUUGUUGGUUGGAUGGUUCAUUCGGACGCUUCUCAAUUUUUAGUAGGCAUAUUUCCACCAUUGAAAAAAAAAAUCCCUGGGGAUUUCUCCUAGAUUUUUUUUGCGCGAAAGAUGGAGGACUUUUUGAGUGCCCCAUAUCCGCUCUCAGAAAAAAAAACUGCCCCCACAAUUUUUUUUUCGGAAUCCAUCGCGGGAGAAAAACGCCUGUGAUCACACGCGUCCUCCUGACAUUAUUCUCUAGGAAAGUGUGAUCUCUGGGGUGGGGGAAAAAAUGGGAGAAAGAAGACGAAGAUACGACGAUAUUUCCGGCGAUGGGAAGCGGAGAAAGAGAGAGGAAGAAAAAAACGUUGCUGUGAGAAUUUUUGCGAGUUAAAUAUUGGAGCGAAAUGAGAUGGACGGAAGAAAGAAAUCGAAAAAUUACAAAAAAUGCUAGAAACUGGAGAAAAAAACAGCAAAACACGAAUUUUUUGUCCCGCAGGAAACGCGCCCAAAAAAAUAGCAAAAAAUGUUUUUUUUUGCAAAAGCGAAAGAGAGAAACGAGACUCGCGGUUUUUUUGUUUUUGUGUUGGGGGUGCAAUGGAACAAGAACUUGAAAGAAAAAAAAAACAAGAAUAGUGUGUAAUUCAAUUCGGUUUCUUCCUUCAUCUUCCCAACAAAAGAAAAGAACGCCUAUCUCGAAACCGUUGAAGACGGGAAAGAUUUUUGGUUGCUUUUUUCUUUUUUCAAAAAUCGAAACACGUUCGGGCUGGUUUUGUAUUAAUUUGGCUUUUCAUUUCUUUGUUGAAAAGUAAGUGGUUCUUUUUUCUCCUGGGAGGAAAAAACGUCGGGGGGAGACGAAGAAAUUUUGGAAUUUUUGUUGCGUUUUUUCGUCGGAAAACGUGGAACCCGGAAGUUGUUCUAUUUUUCUCCCGUCUUCAGAAUUAUUUCGAUUCUCUUCUGUCUGCUUUCAAAAUUUUUCCCUCUGUGUCUUCUCUUGAUCUUGUUUUUUUUUUGCAUGGAGCUGAUUUGAUGUGUGGUGGGGGAUUAAGGUAAAACAGAAAAAAGCAGAGGGAAUUCGAAGGUCUUCACGGGAGUGAAAAUUUUUUGGGCCGCAUGGGAUCGAAGGCCUCCUUUCGAGCCCCGCUCUGGUUGGGCAACUUUGACCCAGCUUGGACAAGAUGGAAUAAAAACAUCGCUUUUGUUCCGAAGGAA